GGUCAACUUGCUCAUAAAGGCAGAGCAUAAAAGUUGUACAGUUUCAACUAGAAGAAGACACACCUUGUGAACGACCAAGUAUAAACAGUAACCAGUGCAAAAAGCUAUGAUUUUAAUGUAUUAAAUAGGAAUGAUUAUUCAAUAGUGCACAGGUGAAAUGCUAUAAAUAAUCAUUCAUUGUUGGCUGACACAACCAGGAAGUUAUAUGUUGUAGCGUACGAUGGCUUUAUCAAAAAGUUUUGAUUCAUUUUCUUGUCCAGUAUGUUCAGAAACGUUAAAAUCGCCAAAAAUAUUGCCAUGCUUACAUACAUUUUGUGAGCAAUGUAUUCACGAAUUCAUUUUGUCUACAUGUCGGAACAAGGACAAUGUAAUAAAGGACUUCAAUUGCCCCGUGUGUAGAAUAGUGGUCAAACCAAAAGAUGCCGAAGCUACAACAGACAAAUGGGCUGCAGCGAUACAGGAUAACGUAAUUAUGAACACCGUGUUAACAAUGGCUCAUGAUGAUAAAUCUUUAGAAUGUCAUGCUUGCAAGAGACACGAACAAACAUCAGAGGCAACAUUCUGGUGUAAACAGUGCUAUGAAGCUUUGUGUGAGAAAUGCAAUUCAAUGCACAGUUGGAUGAAACUUUCGAUGACACAUGAUGUUGUUCAAAUUGAGGAAGUUGGAUGUAGAACACUCGGCAUAGAUCUAAGGGCAGUUUCAGAAUACUGUCCUAUGCAUCCAUUGAAAAUGGUCGACGUUUUUUGUUUUCAACAUAAGACAGCAUGUUGCGGUUUAUGUGCAGGCAUCAAUCAUAGAAAAUGCGAAAAUGUGAAGCCAAUCGAAGAAAUUGUUCACAGUAGUGGCCCGUAUAAAACGUUGCUUGAAAAACUUAAUGAUAUUAAAGAGUCAACGAAAACGGUUUUGCAGGCAAAGGAACAAGAAAAGGUCAAAAUCAAAGAAAUUGCAAAAAACACAGAAGAGGAUGCCGCAAAUUUCAUCCAAAAGAAUAGAUCAAAGUUGGAUAUUUGCUUCGAAGCAUUUAAGAAACAAUUGACAGUGUUUAGUGAAGAACAAAAUACCAGACUUAACGUACGUAUACGGUUACUAGAACAACUUAUUAAGAGUAUCGAACAUUGGAUCAAAGUUACAGAAGUUGUUCAAACUUCAGGAACCAUAUUACAGCUUUUCGUUCAUGUGGAAACAGUUAAACAACAAAUCGAGGCUAGCAUCAAAGAGCUACAAAAUCUUUGUAGCACUGAUACCAACAUUAACAUUCGUUUCAAGAAAAAUGACACACUUCAAAAGUUUAAGAGUGUUGAGCAAAUUGGUACUCUCAGUAUUGAAAAAAAGGAGAUAGAAAGUAAUCAGUUGGAUAAAGUUUACCAAAUGUGUUCAAACUUUGGGAUAUGUACCCAAAAAUUUGAAGACAUAAGAAUUUAUCAUACUGGAACGAUGCACGUUCCUGGGACAAAAUUACAGUGUGGCGUAUGCAUUGCUGAUAAUUACAUUUUGCUGCCGGGGCGACUCUUCUUUCAAACAAAGACGCCUUCAUUUGGUUAACAAAUCUACAGGGUUGACAACAAGUAAAACAGAGAUAACUGGAGAUGUUAAACGCCUAUAUUUCGAUAGAGACCUCAGUCGAAUAUUUUUUUCAUGCUAUUAUAAUGAAAUAUUUUGUGCUGAUUUCAAAGGCGAAUCCAUUGCUAAUAUCAAUAAAAUGCCAUUUAAUUCGGGAUCUGUCGGAGCAUUAUGUAGAUUCGAUGACUAUUUAUAUAUAAGUGGAAACAGUUCAAUAAAGAAAUUUCUUCCAUCUGAUCCAGUGAAAGAAAUGACAAACAUUUUUCUUUCCAACAACAAUUCUGACGGACUGAAUGGUCUAACCGUUUGGAAGGAGAAAAUAUUCUACACAACAACUGAUAAUGAAAUAAAAUGUUCCACUUUGGACGGUCGUCAAAUAUUCACACACAAGAAUAACCAGAUGAAACAACCAGUUAGUAUUGCUAUGUUGUCUACCGACGUGGUCUUAUUUCUUGACAGAAACUGUUCUUUACAUGCUUUAUCUAACGAUGGCAAAAAGCACGCUACUCUGUUGGAAAAGUUCCAAAAGGUCGUUGAUCCUUGGGACAUGUGGAUUAACAUUGACGACAAUACAGUGUAUAUAGCUGGAGGAGAGUAUGUAGAUGUUUAUAAAAUACAGUUUGACUAGA